AUGACUGGAACAGCAUUAAGCGAUUAUACACAUACUUCGCAAUUUUUGGAAGGAGAUACAUUAACAGGCAAUUAUGUUUAUUCAGAUGAGGGUGGUGUUAACUAUGGUACUUGGAAAAGGCCUGGAAACGAAGAUCUUGGGGACGAUAAUGAAAGUAUGUCUCCAAGUGGUGGUGGAGGAUUUGGAUUUGGAUUUGGGGAUGAAGUGGGGUUAGAUAAAAGAUGGAGACAAAUGCAUAUGAACGUGCUCAAGGGCACAAACCCUUAUGGCAAUACUGCUUUUGCAAACCGCUUUGAUCACCAGUCGCUGGGAGUGUAUCCACAAUACAGUCAAAGUCCUGCCAUUAGCCCCAAGAAAUUUAAAGGAAAUAUUUUGGAGCAUUUAAAAGCAAUCAGACACCGUGAAAAACCAGAGGGUAUUGAGAAUAUGGCUCCAAUAGUCUACCACUAUGUUUUUAAAGGAGCACUUGAAGAGGCUAGGAAUGAAGUGCGGAAUAAAAUCCGUUGGGCAGCCUCACGCCUACGAGGAAAUUCUUUUGAUAGAUUUUUCAACUAUAAUAUCCUACCAUACGCAAAAACCGCAAAGCCUUCGCAAAGUGGACAACCAAUGGCACCAUGGAUGGCUUCAGUUAUUCGACAUUUACGAUCGGAGGAGGAAAGGAGAAAUAGAAGAGCUACACGCCUUUUGUUUCAGAGAGCGGCAACCAAUUUACGCACAAAACAUAUUUUGAAUAGUCAACUCUGCAAGGGAUCUGCUAUGGCUUCCUAUGUUACUCUCUUGUGGAAAAAGUGGACAGAGAGAUGGUACAAAAAACGCAAGACGAUAAAAAGAGAAGGGGCGGCUGAUAUUCACCACAUGUUGGGCAUAAUGGUAAGUAACAUGAAAAGCACAUCGUGA